CUGAAUCUGAAGUUCAGAAGAAACCCAACAAGUAGCCUGACACAGUGACACUCGGGUGUGCGCGCGGGCUGGCAGCUUUUACAGUGGACACAGACUGCGAGCUGCACAAAACUCACAACGAAAAACAAGAUGCAAGGAAUGUCACCUCCUGGUAUGGACUACAUAUCCCGGCUUUAUAAGUAUGGGCAACAGAAUUCCUUAAAUUUGAAGCUUGUGGAAGAGUUUUCUUACCAUGUUCAAAUUGGUGAACGAGAGUUUGCUAAUGUGAUAGUGAAAAGAAAAAAAGAAGCAAAACAUGAAGCAGCCAAACUUGCAUAUGACGAACUUACACGAGAAGGUAGUAGACAGUCUGCGAGGAGAACAAAGUGGGGUAUGCCGUCACUUCCAUCAGGGAGUGAAGACUACAUAUCUUGGCUUAAAGAGUACGGGAGAAAUAAAAACAGAGUUGUCAGAUUUGUGGAAAGGUUUGCUGCCCAGUUCAUAACUAGUAACCAAGAAUUUGGUUAUGCUGUAGCUGAAAAAAAAAAAGAAGCAAAACACGAGGCAGCAAAGAUGGCAUAUGAGGAACUCAUUAAAGACGGCCAUGCACAGGACGGAACAGUGAGUGGAAGUAUCAAUGGAGAAACCAGGGCUCCAGUGGUUCCAGACCUUAAAGACUCUGAACAAGAAGCAGAGAGUUUGAACUCUGGGGACAGUGAUGACUCCAUUGUGUUCAAGGACAGCAGUCCCAGGCCUGAAGCUUCUGCCGCCAUUUCGCCUUCACUGGAUGGAACAGUGAGUGGAAGUAUCAAUGGAGAAACCAGGGCUCCAGUUGUUCCUGACCUUAAAGAUUUUGAUCAGAUUAGCCCCCUUGGUAAAGGAGGCUUUGGAUAUGUUUGGAAAGCAAGAAAGAUUUUGGAGGAUAAAUUUUAUGCGGUGAAGAGGGUAAAGUAUACAGACAAAGCCUCCCGUGAAGUUGCCGCAUUAGCAAAACUGGACCAUAAAAAUAUUGUUCAAUAUGUUACAUACUGGGAAUUUGAAAGCAGCACUUCUGACAGCAGUUCAGGUCCUAGCCCUCCACAGAGAUAUCUGUUUAUUCAAAUGAAAUUAUAUGAGAAAGGAACUUUGGAAACUUGGAUGAAGGAAAAUAAGGGAAACAAAAUUAAGGCUAAAUGGAUGUUUGCACAAAUUGUUGAUGGGGUUGAAAAGAUUCAUUCCAAUAAUCUGAUUCACAGAGAUUUAAAGCCAAAUAAUAUAUUUAUAGGUGAUGAUGACACAGUAAAAAUUGGAGAUUUUGGAUUAGCAUGCACGACAAGCAGUGACGAUGAUAACACCUUAAUUGAACGCACAAAAUACGCAGGAACAAACUCAUAUAUGAGUCCUGAGCAGCAGAAGAACCUACGGAAAUAUGGGAAUGAAGUAGACAUUUUCUCACUUGGACUUAUUUUCUUUGAACUGCUUUGGCCAAUGUCAACAGACCUUGAAAAGUCUAAGAUUUGGCCAGAUGUAAGAGAAGGAAUCUUCCCUGAACCAUUUUGUAAGGAGCAUGACCAAGAAUGUUCACUUAUUAGAGCGAUGCUCUCGGAAGAUCCAAAAAAACGACCAACGGCAAAACAUCUUUCCAAAAGAAUGGACAAAAUGAUAAAUAACAAUUCUUGCAAGCCAAAAACAGUAUAGGAGACAUCUGUGAAGACAUGGGAGAGACUGUAUAGCUUCACGUGUUGGAUUUUAAACAGAUGUGCAUCCUUCAGAAACUUAGUGGACUCAGUUACACAUUUGUGAGAAUUUAUAUUUUUAUCGACUCUUUACUGUCUUUUAAACAUUAACCAUCAAGGCAAACUCUUAUUCUUCAGACUUGAUCUUAGCAAGUGGAAUUGCAAAAGGCAUUUCUAAAUACUCCCAAUGUGAGCUCGCUUACAUAACAUUUAGUUCCUUUCCACAAUAUAUGAUCACAUUUAACGUGGGAAAUAUCAACUAAAAACAUAUCCAUUUUUUUUCUUGAUGAAGUAAUCAUGGGUCAUAAUACUGUUUUUACAGUUUCAAUUGUAUAAAUUGCAAAUGAAAAUCAGGCCUCCAAGACUUUUAUGACAAAUAUGCCUAAUCUAUAAUAUAAAUGAAAUUAGUUUUAAGUCAUGUUUGCACUUGUCACAAAUGAAUGUCUUCAACAAAAUCAAGUGUUCUGUUUUAAAAGCAAUCAUUGCAGGCACUUGCACUAAGGUACUGCUUAAUCACCACUCUCUUUUAGAUGCAUAACUGGCUUGAAGUUUCCUACUGUUGUGGUAUGAAAUGUUGCAUACAAGUUGAUAAAUAUUUGGUAUGUCUUUAUUUGUAACUUAGGCAAAGCAAUGUAAUAUUAG